CGUUUCGAUCGACAUCACAUUGGCGUCCACAGUCAAGCCAUAGUGGCGCAUCAUCAACGCACACCUAGCCCGUUCCCUCUACCCGAGCUAUAACAAUCCGAACAAGAAAACCGAGAGGAUCUUGCUGGCAUUUGCUUCCAUGGCGGAUCUGUUUAGCAACCUUCAUCUUGGUCCAGUCAUGGCCACCUCUUUUGCUAGAGCCAUAGGGGGCAAACGACGAUAUAUCACAUCAAUGGGGCCCUACAUUACUUGUCUCGUCCGUCACUUGAAUGUCAAUCUGGCAGACUGCACCUAUUAGGGGCGCUCCACGGCGUUCGAAAAGAGCACUUUGGGUUCCAUGCAGUUGCUGAGAUCUUUUCGACCAUUCCAGUUCAUUGAGAGACUACCUAUGCCACCAGAGCCCCACCUCCGGAGCAGCCACCUGCUCGAGAUCCUGGCAGCCUCCAGAAUCCCGCGCUCCAGCACCCAGUUCCACCACCACCAGAAGCACCAACACCACUAGCUGGUGUUCCCCUCGUUCAAAGGAUGGAUCGCCUUGAGACCCAUGUCGUGGGAGUGACUUCCCGACUCAAUCGGCAAACCAACCUACUUUAGCAGAUGGCGCGUCGCCUGAGCCUCAUUCCAGAUGAUGAGCCGGGGCGUUCGACCCAGUGAGAAGUAGCCGACAAGGGAGAUAUGUGGCAGAGCCGAUUCCUUUUGCCCCACUACUCCACUUGGAACUCUAAACUCUUUUGUUUUAUUUUUCUUUCUUUUAUUUUGUGUGUGUGAUCAUAAAUUACUGCUAUCGUAUUGUGAUGUGUAAUAACCUCGCCCCGAGCGAGUCGUAUUGUGUUUGUAUAUGUGUUUUUUUGUCUUCUCCUUGAAGCUUCCAUCUCCUACCCUGGAAACAAUUCCAACUUUCACUCACCAAGUAAAGCGGUAACAUCGUUCUACCCCUAUCUUACGCUAUUGAGGGCAAUGUCGAACUUAAAUGUGUGUGCGUGUGUGUGUGUGUGUUGGGGGGGGGGGGGGGGUAAGUUUAUUCUUAUGCUUGUGUGAGCAUGAUUGAUGCUUGUAGCCUUGAUGUAUGCCCAAAUUUGAAAAAUUUGAGGGCUCCAAUCAAUGUUUGUGAUGACUUGAUAUUUACACAUGUUUUUGUCCACCAUUCUUAUACUGUUUGGGGCUCGGAUCUCGGGGUUUAAGCUGAUUUUACGCUAGGUUGUUCUUGUUUAUGACAUUUCAGGUCCUAAUGCAUGAAUGAGGUUUGAGCAUGAGUUCGGGGUUGAUUGGGCGAAGACGGGAUGAGCGAUGGAGAGUAGACAAGUUGCAUAGCCAGUCCGGAAAGACGCACAACCGUGCAUGGUGGCCGUGCAAGCAAAGAUGCGCGAUCAGGGUUUGCACGGCCGUGCAUGACUUAUUUUUUGUCCGUGAUGAAUUCUGCGAGAAGCUGCACGGCCAGGCUCUCGGAUUGCACGGGGCGUGCAAUGGCCAUGCACUCCCUUCGCGGAACUAAUUCAAAUGCUGCAUUUUGGUUGCACGGGCAGCCAAGGAUGUUGCACGGUCGUGCGGCCUAACUGUAUAAUCGCGGGCAGCUGCAUUUUAACCCAAUUUCGAAUUUUGAAGAGGGGGGGGGGAGCUGGGUUUUGGAUCCCAAAACACCCAAGGGAAGGGACGAACCCUAGAGGGAGAGAGAGAGAGAGAGAGCAACUUGGGAUCAUUCUUGGAGCUAUUUUGGAGGAUUUCUUCACCAUUGGAGCUCGGGAAUCAAGCUUGGAUAUGGAUAUUGAAGAUCUAAAUCAGAUGUAUGCAUUCUCUCUCUUCUCUAUGGAGUAACUUCCCUUCACUUAGGUUUUGAGGAACCCUAGCCAUGUUUGUUUGAUUGGAUGAUUGUAUGAGUACUUUUACUUGAUAAUCUUGAGUUCAUAUUCAAUCUAUGCAUGUUUUCAUGAUUCAAUUCUACUUUAGUCGAGAUUAUUGAUUCUGCUUUGAUCCUAUGAGAGAGAAUACUUGAUUAGGUAAACAGAGCACCAUAGAUUGAUAGUAUUGGAUCGACUGCUUUAGUUGAGGGUCGAUUCACUACUUUGUAUCGAUUGAGAAUCUCAUUCUAUAGAGGGAAUCUAGUUCAGUUAGCCUUGAUCGGUUGUUCUAGAGAAGGAUACGUCCCUCUAGGCAAUUGACUCAAGAGGGCCUUGAUCCUUUAGUCAAGAUUCAAUGUCUAGUCAAGGAUUCUCCGCAUUUUGAAUGAAAGUGAAACAGGUUAAAGAUCAUCAAUCAUUAAUCUAGCUAGUGGCUAGGGGGAAUCAUACCUAAGUGAGUUCCUAACCUGUAAUUAGAUUAACUUUAACUGUAGUUUGCUAGAGUAGUUAUAGUUCUUCUUUCUUAAUAUGGUUUGCUAAAUAAUGAACUGAAGCUAAGUAAUAGUAACUCUAGAGACCCGUGGAUUCGAUAUUUAUUACUUGCACCACUAUAUUGCAGUCCCUUUCAUUGGUUACACUUGGCCACUGUUAGGAGUUGUGUUUUAGCGAGUCAGUUUGCAUGAUCAAAGUGGUCGGUUUGUAGGAGAAUCUCGUGUUUAUUGGCAUUGACCUUGAAUUGUUGCAUGUCGUCGAGUGUGUCCUAUGAUGAUGACUGAGAGGUGCAUUAGGAUAGUGCAAAAGUUUAGUUCUCAUGGGUGCAAAAAUGAAUGGAUGUCUUGACUCGAUUACUUGUUGAUUAUAAUUGUCAUGAAUUGUGUUUUGGGAAAGUGGAAUGAAUGAUUGGGUGACUAGGUAGCCAUGUGAGUUUUGACCGAUCGUUUUCUUCUUGUGUGCUUAAAUCCCUCUUACCAUGGCGAGUAACAUCACAGUUAUCACUAGUGAGUAUGAUGAAGGAAUAGGAUUAGUCCACGCCCAAAUGUUGAUUGUCCCGAAAUGUUUUAUCCCCUAGUCAACCCCUUUGAGCCUUAUGACUUUGGGGGUUGUUUCAUGAUUAGGAGCUUUGUGCUUGUGAGCUUAAUGGUGUUUGAUAGAACAACCUCCCAUACUUUCUUCGUGUCUAUACGUGUGUCGACCUUGUGUCCUGGAGCUCUCGCUUUUGAGUUCCAUUGAGGUUCUACAUAGGAGAAUUAUGCGUGGUUCUUGCUAGGAAUGAAAGAGAAAAGAGUAGUGUUGGAGUGAUUCUUAAAGGAGAGCAUUGGUUGUUAAAAGUAGUGCGGCAAGUGUUUAACUCUCUAGUAUCCCCCUCAAAAAGAAAAGAAAAGGAAAGUAGAAAUAAAUAAAAAAGAAAGAGAAAUGAAAAAGAGGUAAUAAAACGGGGUCAAUAAA